UGUGUGUGUGUUCCAGGUCUCUGAUGCGAGAGAACCCACACCUGAGUGAGAAUGUGGUGUUGAUUAGAGCGCUACGAUACUCCAACCUGCCCAAGUUACUCAAGGAUGAUGCAGAACUUAAAAUAAAAUAAAUUGAUAAAUAGUAAAGAACGCCAAAGCUUACAUAUGGAGUAUCAAAGCGGUAUUCUGUCGGACCUCUUUCCUGGUGUGGGCGUCCCCGAGCAUGACUACGGCGCGCUUUAAUCGAACAUCGAGGCAGCUCUAUGCGCCCACUCCCUGCAGCCCGUCUCCAGCAUGACCGCCAAGGUGAUCCAGCUGUACGAGACCAUGCUGGUGCACCAGGGCGUCUUGCUGGUGUGCCCUACAAGAGGCGGUAAGACCACAGCGUACCGUGCCCUCGCUGACGCACUGCGCACCCUCCACGAGACAGAGGGCUGCGAGGUGAAUCCCUUCUACAAGCCCAUCGAGACCGACGUGCUCAACCCACAGUCAGUAAGCUUGGACGAGCUGUAUGGUGAAGACGACCCUCUCACACGGGAGUGGAGUGCCAUCAAACCGUCCCUCGGCAGUGACAUCGCCGACACGCACAAGUGGGUGGUGAGUGAUGUACCUGUGGACGUGCCUGUGGAUUGAGAAAAUUACCCCCGUGUUGGACAACAACAAGACGCUCUGUCUGGCUAAAUGUGAAAGGAUCAAGCUCACACCUUCUACACACAUGUUAUUCGAGGUGUUACCCAUCAGAGACAGGUAGCACUGGUCCUAAAAACCAUCACAAACAAGCACAAGCAUGUCAUUUCCAAGAAGAUUUUUUUUUUUUUUUACAUUAAACAUGUUCCUGAUGGAAAGGUCACACACAAACGUAUCUUUAAGACUUCACUCUUUCACACGCCUAUAAUGAGCGAUAAACGCAUUCGAAGCAUGUUAUAAAGCCUCCGUAAUGCAUUACGCAUAGUAUUUAAAUAAAUGUUAUUAUAAUAACAUGCACUACACUACAUUAUGCAUUAUGAAUUCUUAACGUAUUGUUAACACGUCUUUACUGUGAGUGGGAUGAUGACCAGACGCAGGCAGGCUCCCGGGUACUCAUAUCCGUAGACGUACUGAUACAGAGCCAUUCUGGCCACGCACUUAUCCAGAUCCACGUCCCAGUAUUAGCACAGCUGCUUCUGCCACUCAAAGUUACUGCUCGAGUCCACCUACGUGAACACAUACACAAAGACAUGUGAUAUAUACACAAUCUCAUUAUAUACGAAUUGGGCAUUCUCCCUGAGGAUAUAGCGUGGAUAGUUUAUAAUGAGUGCGUUCAUACUGUAUAAACCUGGGAACUGAUUUGCAUAUGCACUGCUGUUAGAGCUGCAGUUAUUUUUAAAAGAUUUAUUAACAGCUUCUGACCAAUCAGAUCUGACCACACCCAUGAUUCCCUUCGCUCUGAAGAGAAGGUUGUAGCCGUCUGUACCCUUUCAUUGACGAGCUCCGUGACGAUGUCUCUGGCGUGGACAUCCACAGUAAUGAGAGCUGUGAUGAUGCUCUGAUGUAUUUUGGGUAAGUUACCCUGAAACAGAGUGGCCAACACAUUCAGCCUCUGUAUAAACACACACACGCACAGAGUAAUAUUACAUAGUACACCAUUCACCAUUAUGUCAUGUAAUCAGAGAAGGAAAUCUGAACUACAGUUCCCAGCAGCCACUGCAUCACAGUCACAUGACCACCUGCACCUGGAUCACAUUCCUGGUAAGCACUUGUGUAUUUAGCCAGUUUUCACUGCACUCUUUGUCUCACGUUUGUCUUUCUUUACCUUUGUCCCUGGUGCUGUGUUUUUCUCUUUGGUUUAUGUUUAGUCUUUGCCACAGUAUUUUGCCCCAAUGUCAGUGUCUUUUGUAUUUUGUUUAGUUCUUUAUAAAACUUGAAAAAAUCUGCACUUGCAUCCGUCUCAACCUCCAUAUCGUGACACAAAAAUAUAAAUAUAAUAUAAUAUUAUAUAUAAAAUGUGUGUGGGGGUAUAUAUUAAUAGAGAGAAAGGCAUUUCUUCUCAGGGGGGAGGGGAGUAAUCAAUAGGAAGAAGGAUCUGAGAGGGAACAUGGACAAAAUUAAUGGAACUUUUUCCUGGUUCGGCCCUAAAUUUGGGCCAGAUUAAAUUUCAU